GUUUCACAUAUAAAUACCAUACACGCAUGCACACACAAGACACACCUCCCGAAGGCAAAAAGAUCGAGAAUCCAAGAGCAAUGGCUUUGAAACUGACGCAUUUUGCCGCCACGGCGUCGUUUCUAGCCACCCUGCUCGUUCUCCGACUCCUCCCAACGGUUGUGUCCGUCCCGGUCACGGUUCCAUCGGAAACAUCAAAGCUGGAGUCGUGGAUUAAGAGCAAUAUGAGAGAGUUCAACGACGUCUCAGCAUCCAAGUCUAUAGACAAUGCCCUCCUCAUUGCGGAGAACAAGGCUAACGUCAGGGUGAUCAAGGUCAAAAAAGACGGUACCGGAGACUUCAAGACGAUCACCGACGCGGUCAAGAGCGUCCCUUCAGGAAAUACAAAGCGAGUGAUUAUAAAGAUUGGUGGGGGUGAAUACAGGGAGAUGGUCAAAGUUGACAGAUCCAAGCCGUUCAUCACGUUUUAUGGGGAACCGGGAAACAUGCCCAUAAUAUCAUACGACGGCACAGCCAAGAAAUUCGGCACUUGGUACUGCGCCACUGUGACCGUCGAGUCUAACUACUUCGUUGCCGUUAAUAUUGCAUUUGUGAAUUCAGCUCCGGCUCCAGAUCCUCGAAAGAAUGAUCAACAGGCGGUGGCAAUGAGGAUAUCAGGGGAUAAGGCAGCAUUUCACAAUUGCAAGUUCAUAGGGUUCCAAGAUACCUUAUGCGAUGAUAUGGGCAGGCAUUUCUUUAGAGACUGCUACAUCCAAGGCACCGUUGAUUUCAUCUUUGGAAAUGGCAAAUCCGUCUACUUGGGCACCACAAUAAAUUCGGUUGCAAAGGGAUUGGGGGUGAUAACAGCACAAGGAAGGCAAAACGUUGAUGAUAACAGCGGAUUCGUAUUCCUCCAUUGCAAGAUACUGGGAACAGGCGAUACAUACCUUGGUAGGGCAUGGAGGAAGACGCCAAGGGUGGUGUUUGCUUAUACUGACAUGGGUACUCUCAUCGACAAGCAAGGCUGGUCUAAUAUUGCAAGCGGCCAGACUCAAAAGGACAUGUAUUAUGGAGAGUACAAGUGCAAAGGACCCGGAUCAACCCCAGCUGGUCGCGUCAAAUACGCAAAGACUCUAUCUGAUGCAGAAGCAGAGCCUUUCUUGAGCAUGACUUUUAUCCAAGGAAACAAGUGGCUUCUCGCUCCUCCCCGUCUCUAAGCGUCAAAUCUUAUACCCAUCCACGGUGGCAUGCAAUAGACUUAUUUAUAUGAUCGUUGUGAGAAACCAAACCUAGUUAUGAAUGGUAUAGUGCAAUAGUUUUUUUUUUCCCCCCUAAUCAUUAAAGGAGAAGGGAAAGGGACGAUUACCAAAAAUAAAAUAAUAAUAAAAAAAAAAACAGAUAAAGAUUUUUGGCAGCCCCACAAUA